UUUGGCACUAUCAAAAUACGCGAUUUCCGUCGUCACUCUCACUGGCGACUGGGACUUUCUCCGCCACUGCGCACUUGACCAUGGCCUCCGCAAUCCGAACUUCUUAUCUUGAUCUCUCCCCAGACCGAAACGUUACGAAACCCGAAUCGAAGUUCACGAUCCCUCCGCGUUUCGUCGACUCGCGGAACCGAAACAACCGAUUCCAAGACGUUUCGUCGGUGAGCUCGCUCCAGAGAAUUCGACUGCGGCAUGACUCGGCCGUGCUCCGCUCCGUUGUCCCUCACCGAGUUAGGGUUCCUUCUAACGACGCUCAGUUCGGUUCGUUUUCGGAGGAGAACGAAGUUCAGGCGCCGAGUUUCGCCGAGUUUAUCACUUCGGAGCGGGUCAAAGUUGUGGCGAUGCUCGCUUUGGCGCUGGCUCUCUGUAAUGCGGACCGUGUCGUGAUGUCGGUGGCAAUUGUGCCGUUAUCGCUCUCUAAUGGCUGGAGCCGCUCGUUUGCUGGUAUUGUUCAGUCAUCUUUCCUUUGGGGAUACAUGGUAUCUCCCAUAGCUGGAGGGACACUUGUGGACUAUUAUGGUGGUAAGGUAGUCAUGGCAUGGGGGGUUGCUUUGUGGUCUUUAGCUACCUUUCUUACACCGUGGGCUGCAGAAACUUCUCUAUGGGCUCUCCUUGCUAUGCGAGCUCUCCUUGGAAUUGCAGAAGGAGUGGCUCUUCCGUGCAUGAACAACAUGGUAGCAAGGUGGUUUCCUCCAACAGAACGAGCCAGAGCUGUUGGACUUGCAAUGGCUGGGUUUCAGCUUGGAAGUGCAGUAGGACUCAUGCUUUCUCCAAUCCUUAUGUCACAAGGUGGUGUUUUUGGACCAUUUGUGAUUUUUGGUUUAUCUGGAUUUCUUUGGGUUUUGGUGUGGUUAUCUGCAACAUCAAGUACUCCUAACCGAAAUCCUCAAAUAUCAAAAUAUGAAUUGGAUUACAUAUCGAACAAGGGGCAGAAGUCCUUUUUGGUGGAGAAUAAACCUAAGACAGCCAAAGUGAUCCCUCCUUUCAGGCGCUUGCUCUCUAAAAUGCCAACCUGGUCCAUAAUAGUUGCGAAUGCCAUGCACAGCUGGGGUUUUUUCAUUAUUCUUUCCUGGAUGCCCAUUUACUUCAACUCUGUGUACCACGUUGACCUCAGACAAGCAGCUUGGUUUAGUGCUGUUCCAUGGAGUGUCAUGGCGGUCAUGGGAUAUGUUGGUGGUUUGUGGUCAGACAUAUUGAUACGAAAUGGUACAAGUGUCACUUUGACUCGAAAGAUCAUGCAGUCAAUCGGUUUCGUUGGCCCUGGGAUAGCUCUUGUGGGUUUAGUUACAGCAAAAAGUCCAGCAGUCGCAUCUGCUUGGCUUACUUUAGCAGUUGGGCUGAAAUCUUUUAGUCACUCUGGUUUUCUUGUAAAUCUCCAGGAGAUCGCUCCACAGUACUCUGGUGUUUUACAUGGAAUUUCAAAUACCGCGGGAACAUUUGCUGCUAUUUUGGGAACAGUUGGAGCUGGUUUCUUUGUUGAACUCGUGGGUUCUUUCCAAGGAUUUCUAUUGCUCACAUCAAUCUUAUAUAUUCUUUCUGCCCUUUUCUACAACGUCUUUUCUACUGGAGAGAGAGUAAAUUUUGAUGAACCUAUUCAUGAAUGAUAUUUUAAGGCUGCUGGUGAAGCAUCAAUUGAUGAUGAUGAGACGAUGCGUUUUCAACUGUAACUAAUGGAGCUGUCUUAUGGAAUUGGACAGUUUGUUGGAAAGCGACUUGACGAAUGGUACAGAUCGUUUGAAGUCAUCCGUUGUAUCGAUAAAUAACCUUUUUGUUCAUUGUAUGAAUCCAAAGUGUGUACAGUGGAUUUUCUAGUAGUGUUCCUCCUCCUCAUGCAUCAGUAGUUUGUUUCAGGUGCAUAUGGGGAUUCUGGUUACCAAAUUUUGUAAAAGAUAUGUAUAAAUAUGUUCCGGAGGUAUGAUGCCGGAUUCUUUCCUCUUA